AUGGCGUCUCCGAGCAGUUCUGGGGUCAAUUCUGUUGCUUCCACACCUAGCAUAACCAUCACUGACGAUCAUGGACGCGGAGAGUCGCUGAAGUUGCCGGAUGCGAGUUUGAGUGCAGAACCCGAGCGACCACGAUCUAUUACCUUUGAGGCACCAACCCCAGCAUUGAAGGAUCUCAAGCCGGUCCCUGAUGGAACUCCACCUAUAGGUGGCAUCAAAGGCACAGAAGUGAAGAACAGCCUCGAGACCGGACCAGGAGCCGCGCCGACUCCAGAUCCUACCUCCACUGCAAAGAAAGAGAGACCCGCGCCCAAGCGUACAGGAUCUGGUAUCCUCACGGAAUUGAAGCAGCAGAUGUCUUCAAACAACCUCUUCCACCACCACAAGACCCACGGCGUCAAAGCCAAUGGCAUCAAAAGCGUCGCCACAUCCGGAACAGCCAGCCCCCGCACCCCAGAGGUCCAAGCCCUCUUCGAGAAAGACCUCAAAGGUGACCGCCACUGCCCCAACCUCGACGCAGUCAACCGCGCCCUCGAGUCUCUACGCGCCAGCGCAGCUGCAGGCGACCAGUACGUCUCGAAUCUCGAGGAAUUGGCGAAGGUGAUCCAGCGCUCGCGUACCGAUAGCAGAAAGGCCUUGACCGAUGCGAUGAAAGCGAGAGAUCAGGGCCAGCAUGAAGUUUGCCGGGCUCUGUGUCUUUCGAUCGUGCAGAACAAGCACGCUGAGGCGGAUACGCAGGUCUACGCGUAUAACAUUCUGUCCACGCAGGCCAGUCCGGGCCAGGCGAUGACGUAUCUUAAUGAGGCGUAUAAGCUCGCCAAGGAGAACGAGGCGAGGGGCUUGAAUUGCGACAAGAUGCUGGAGGUGAUUGCUGUCUUGCGGGAAGGUGCUAUGGCGAAGGAUGGGGCUGUUGCUUCGAAGGGUGGAAAGACGGGCUCGAAGGGGCCAUCGAGCAAUGGUGUGGCGGGGAGCGCCAACUCGAAGCUGGAUCUGGAUGCUGGGGAGCUGGACAAGAAGUUGAAGAAUUUGGCGAUGGAGGACCCGAAUUUGAGGAGAGACUCGCUCUCGCCGAAGGAUUUGCUGGCUGUGCCAAAGGGAGAUCUUCCUAGUGGGAUGUUGACGCCGAAGACGGAGAAGAUCUUUAAGUGGGCGGCGAAGCAGCAGGCUUGA